UAUAAACUUUAUUCAGUCACGACAUUGUUUAACAUGUUGCGUUUAAGUGCCUCUGUAUAUUGUGUAGUUAUUUUUGUCUGUGUGGCGAAUUCGAUGACCACAACACCCAGAACCAAUUACCCCUUAACCACCACCCAAACAUCACAGGAAACCACAGUGAAAUCCAGAUACGAAAUGGGCUUAGAAGAUUACGACGAGGCACAAGCAAAAUACCGACAGUCAAGAGGAAUGUCUAUGGAUGAUUACAUGGACCACGUUCAUGAUCAUGAUCACGACGAUCAUGAUAAACCAGAGCAAAAAGCUGUUAAAGAGGACCCAUGGGCUAGUUAUUACGAUUUUAUCAUAAAUGAAGGAUCAUUUAAAUUCUGGGCCGUUUUUCAACUCGUUACCGCUGCUUUGUUAAUAUAUUCAGCAUUUGCAGCAGUUUAUUAUGCGAAAUUCAACGUCAUUACCACCGAUUAUGAUUAUGAGGAUGAUUUCUUCAAAAGGUCAAACGAUGAUAGUGUGUUAAGCAGCAUGUGGUCCGGUAUGAGCGCUCAAACUUUCCAGAGGAUAUUUGAUGCCCUUUCGUCAAAGAAGUAUUCAUAGGGGGUUACUUAGAAGAGACAAAUGCUGCCUGUCACCUGGAAACAUGGAAGUGACCAGUUCUGGACCAUAAACAAUACAAACAAAGUAUUAAACUGUUACAAAAUUGAAUCAACUGAUAAACAAAGAACAUUAUUUGUUGUCAGUACUUGAUGAC